UGUUUUUUGUCAGUGUUUUGUACAGGUUGUCCCUCCCCACUCUCAAAUGGCCGGCUUAGUUGUCACAGGAAAGCAACUUGAGUUAAUCAGUAUCCCGAUGAGCUCUUUUGUUUAUAUUUUCAGAGGUGUCACCUGUUUAUUACUUAGUUACAGUGUGGUAGACCGUAGGACAGGGGGACUUUAUUAGGUUUCAGACAGCUGAAUUAGACAGAGCCUACUCAGGAACGAUGUCUCGAUGCAGAACAGACUGCUUAGAAAAGCCUUUAUCUAUGGGCUUUAAAUGGCUUGGGCAUUUUGUUGGUAGAUAUCCGUGGUGGUUUUUGGUUUUACCUUUGUUCUUGUCCGGUGGUCUAGGAGCAGGCUUUAUUUUUCUUUGGGACAGGGAAGCAAAUGGGAUAGAGGAUCAGUUCACACCUGUGAACGGUCCUGCUAAACAAGAGAGGAAGUUUGUACAGGAUUUCUUCUCAGACACUGGAGAUUUCUCCCAGUUACGGCUGUCAACCGAGGGAACGUAUGCAUCCCUGAUCAUUACAGGCUUGCACCAGAAGGACAUAUUAACAGUGGCUGCAUUGGAGGAAAUCAUUGCGUUAGAUGAUGAGGUUAAAAAUCUUGCAGGAAAAGAUUUUGCAAACAUUUGUGCUCAAACCAGUGGAGAGUGCAUGUCCAAUCCAGCGCUGGACAUUAUAAACAACAGCGCCAGUAACAUUGAAGUUAUGUCUCUUACAUAUCCAGAGCACGAAGGUGUUUUCUUAGGGUCUGUUUUGGGGGGUGUACAGGUAAAUGUAAACUCUGAGAUUAUCAGUGCAGAGGCUAUUAGACUUUACUAUUUCUUAAGAGAAAACUCGACUGAGAGUGCUGCAUGGCUGAAGGAUUUUAUUAAGUUCAUUUCUAACUAUACUGAAAGGCCGAAAACGGUGUCUGUGUUUUAUUACACCUCGCUUUCAAGAGAAGAGGAGUUUGAAAGCAGUUCAGCUUCUGUGAUUCCAUUAUUUUCCAUCACAUAUUGUUUAGCCAUUAACAUCUCAAUUAUAUCCUGCUUGAGGUUGGACUGUGUGAGGAACAAGGUGUGGGUCGCAUCUUGUGGUGUGCUCUCUGCUGGUUUAGCUGUACUGUCCAGUUUCGGGCUGUUACUAUUCUGUGGAAUUCCCUUUGCUAUGACUGUGGCCACAUCUCCAUUUUUGAUUCUGGGUAUUGGAGUUGAUGACAUGUUUAUUAUGAUCUCCUGCUGGCAGAAAACUAAAGUCACGGAUCAAGUUGAGGAUCGUCUGGCAGACACCUAUAAAGAAGCUGCUGUAUCCAUUACUAUCACCACGCUAACUGAUGUUCUAGCUUUCUAUAUCGGCCUUAUGACCCCGUUCCGCUCAGUGCAGUCUUUCUGUAUGUACACUGGUACAGCUGUCCUGUUCUGCUACAUCUACAACAUCACCUUCUUCGGUGCCUUUCUAGCUUUAAAUGGAAGGAGAGAACAUGCCAGAAGACACUGGCUGACCUGUAUGGUAGUAGCAGAUAAAAAUGUCUGUCCUGAUGGUAAUAUUUGUUGUGUGGGAGGUGCUUAUGAUGAGCAGACUGGUACUGAGACAGAAAUGCCAAUUCAUUCAUUCUUUAAGAAGUAUUAUGGGCCAUUUUUGACAAACUCAUGGACUAAAGUGUUUAUGGUUUUUCUCUAUGGUGGGUACCUGGCUGCUAGCAUCUAUGGAUGCUUCCAAAUCCAGGAGGGAAUUGAGCUAAAACAUUUAGCUUUGGAUAAUUCGUAUGUUGUUCAGUACUACGAUAAUGAGAAAAAGUACUUUUCAGAGUAUGGCCCCAAUGUCAUGGUAGUUAUUAACGAUAAGAAUUUUCAAUACUGGAACACUAUUGCACAAGAUAGCCUUGAUUUAUGUCUUCAGGAGUUUGGAAACCUCUCUAUGACCUUACAAAAUUCACCCGUGUCUUGGCUUAAUUCUUACUUGUUUUAUGGAAAAAAUAAGAGUUUAAAUUUAAAUAAUGAGGUCAUUUUUAAAACAAAUCUGCCUGGGUUUUUAAAAGCUUCAGGGUUCAGUCAGGAUGUCAACUUUACUGAUAACCAAAUUCUUGCCUCUCGAAUGUUUGUCCAGACAGUGAACAUUAGCACAGCGGUUGCUGAAAAAAACAUGCUGAAUGCGUUUAGAGAAACUGCUGAAAAAUGUUCUAGGUCAUCAGAAGCAGAAGUUCAUGUUCUAGUGUAUCAUUUUGCAUUUAUCUAUUUUGACCAAUACACUGUCAUUGUUAGCAAUACUAUCCAGAAUAUAGUUGUUGCCACUCUGGCUAUGUUGGUCAUUUCACUGCUGUUGAUUCCAAACCCUCUCUGCUCUCUCUGGGUUACCUUCGCUAUUGCAUCAGUCAUUGUGGGUGUAGCUGGUUUCAUGGCAUUCUGGGACGUUAAUCUUGAUUCAAUAUCCAUGAUCAAUCUGGUCAUCUGCAUUGGCUUCUCUGUUGACUUCUCUGCUCACAUAUCCUAUGCUUUUGUCUCAAGCAGCGAGCCUUCGGCCAAUAAAAAGGCUAUAGAUGCUCUUUAUACCCUCGGAUAUCCGAUGAUACAAGCAGCAGUGUCCACCAUUGCAGGGAUAGUGGUGCUGCCAGCGGCUCAAAGUUACAUCUUUAGGACUUUCUUUAAAAUCAUGUUUUUGGUCAUCCUCUUUGGGCUAGUUCAUGGAGUCGUGUUCUUACCUGUGUUACUGUCUUUGUUUGGAGGUUGUGGUAAGACACUUAAUUCCAUCCAACAUGAAAAUGAUCAAAAAGAACACAUUAAUAUGAGCACUCACUUAGCUUAUGCCAACUCAAACCAAUCUUCUACUAAGAAGGAGCCAUUUGAUAUACAAAUGCAUAUGCAGGAAUUAUCAAGAGAAUAUAAGACCUACAUGAAAAAUUCAAACAAGAUGUACGGUGAAGCUACGGCUGUUCAGGAACAGCCAAAUACUUAUAGGAAUUCAGAUGCAUGGAGGUUUAAUGAUCCUGAUUGCCCUUGAUUUGCAGCCCUACCGCACACUUGAUUAAACUGACCAUAUUUUAGUAAAAAAAAAUUGGAAUUCCAGACAGUUGAAUUUAAUUAUUAAAUAAAGCUUUUUUGUUUGGAUGUUCAGGUUGGUUACAUUUUUUCAUGAGAUAUAUUUUACUGUUCUGUGUUUGUGUUCAUAAUACAGCAAAAGUUACUUUGAGGAGUAAAAUUUUGUCCUAGUGUUACAGGGUAAACAUUUUUACACAUUUAUCAUAUAUAUA